AUGGCGGUGGGGUCGGUUUGCCGUUUUGACCUAGAGGAAGUCGUGGAAUUCAUAAAAAAGAAUGGCUAUUCAAGGGUUGGUCUUCAGUUCCCUUCUGAUCUUCUACCAUCUUCCAUUGAUGUUUAUGAGGAGCUUAGUGAGCGGACCUCCGCGGCCAUCGCUAUAUUAGGUGAUACUCCGUUCAGUAGUUGUUGUUUGGACGCAACAGCUGGCAAACGAUGGGGUGUGGAGGCGGUCAUUCAUUUUGGGAAUGCCUGCUUAACUGAGUCGGUUGGAGGAAUUGGUGCAUAUUAUGUCUUUGGUGAUAUUCCUUGUCCUUCUAUCGACGAAAAUUUGGCUGAAGUGGGGAAUCAGAUGGUUAAGUAUCUGUCUUGGUGUGGUGGUCCAGUACUAUUUUUCUACGACUUUCGAUAUCGCCGUACGGCAAAAAAAAUGGCUGACCAUCUCGCUUUAGAGGGUAUUGAUCUGGUAUUGUCGGAACCCGCUCUACCCAACCGUGGUCUUGCAACAGACCCUUCGUUCUUUAAACAUGCUGGGCGAAUUUUUCGUUACGACAAAUCGAGGCCACCUAGAUGUCUUCUCUAUCUCGGUGAAUGCGAUUGGGUCUUCUAUAGUAUUCUGGUCAGUUUGAGAGAAGCCUAUGCAAUCAAUGUCGCCACCAUUGAUCCUUUAACUGGUCGAUUUGCUCUUGCUCCAAAAUCAGCUGCAUUUUUCCUCCGAAGGCGAUACUUCCUUAUGGAAAAGGUCAAGUCAGCCAAGCGAAUAGGCAUUCUGGUGGGUACCUUUUCGGUGCCACGGUACCUCGACAUCUUGGCAAGAUUGAAGUGUCUCCUACGGCGUGCAAACAAGCCAUAUACAACGGUGUUUGUAGGGCGGAUAAAUGAACCCAAGUUAAUGAAUCUACCAGAUCUGGACGCUUUCGUAUUGGUUGCUUGUCCACAGGCCAGUUUUUAUGACGAUUCGAAUCUCCUCGUACCUGUUGUGACUCCCUUUGAGCUGGAAUGUGUCUUGCAUGACCUCGCUGGAGGUGAGGCUUCAGCCGACCACCCUAGACGAUGGAAUGGUCUCUGGUUGCCUUUGGAUUUCGCUGCAGACAUACUUAAUUCAGAGUCACCAAUGUUUGCAUCGGAGGACAGUGUCGUUCCCGCCAAAGAUCCAGAGAAAAGUGUUGAGAAGGAGGUUGAGGAGGGGUUGAAGAGGGAUGCUUUAGUUGUCCGUGACGACGCAAACUGGGGUCUCACGCUGGCCUUUCAGGACCUCCUCUCGAGUACUCGUGACUCCUGGCGUGGACUUGAUCCUGCGCUAGGUCAGACACCACCUCUCACCACUAUCCAGCGCGGUCGCGCUGGUCUUCCUACGAAAUACUCUACCUUUUGCGAAUAA